GCAAAAAUAUAAAUUGUCGAUCGGAUAUAAAUUAAGUUCGCAAAUCGCAAGCGUAAACUAUCUCCUUUGACCAAUAUGUCCAACCAAACAUGGCGAAAUACAAUAAAUAACAACCCAAUACAACAAAGUAUUCGCCAAUUUCUUGCCAAAUUUCCACUGAAGACUCAUCGAUCUCCUUAUGGCGUACGAGAACUUGAUGAUCCAAGGUUGUAUAUAUGGGGACCUGGUUGGAAAUCAGGUCAAGAAACUUCUUUUGACCAGGAAUGUGUAAAGUGGCAGACUUUUUUGAAAUUUAGCAAAAGUGAUUUCGAAACCAAACGUUCAAACGAACCAUUAAUGUCACCUUCAGGAAAACUUCCGUUCCUAAUUUUAACAACUGGCGAUGUUCUUGUGGAUGAUUCUAUAGAAAAACAUGUCACUGAUAUGUAUUCUGAUAAUCUUGGAAGAAUUAAUGAACAACAAGAAGCAGAUUCACAAUCAUUUAUCGCAUUGGCCGAUACAAAGUUGCGAAAUGCUUUGCUUUACAAUCUUUGGUGUGAACCUGCAAAUGAAUCCAUAACAUAUAAAAAAUAUGUUGGACAUUAUGCUAAGCCGUUAGAUAAAUUACUUUUUCAAAAGUAUAAAAAAUUAGCUGUCAAGGAAUUAUUAACAAGAAAGCCGGUAUUAAACAAGGAAGAAAUUUAUCAAGAAGCAGAUGAAGCUUUAAUAGCAAUUUCUAAUGCUUUAGGAGAUUCCAAAUAUUUUUUUGGAUCAAGUUUGCCUACUUUUGUCGAUGCAGUUGUUUUUUCAUAUAUUCACGUUAUCUUGAAUAUUCCACUUAAUGAGGUACAAGUCCAAUCCAAUCUUAUUAAAUAUUCGGAAAAAAUAUAUAAUGAAUAUAUUUUAUCGGGCUUUUGAAAUCAAAUCUUCAAAUAAAUUAUCUUUUAUUUUAAAAAAUUUAAAAAUUAUUGGCAAAUAAAUAAUAUCAUGACCAUCCAUUGACGUAAUU